AUGGGUAUCAGUAAUCCAAUUCCGAGAAGUUUAAGGAGUGAGUCAAAAAAAGCAGCAAAGACAUUAUCGUCAUUUAUCAAACCUAAUCAAAUUGCUGGACCCGAUCAAAUUAUACCUCCUCGUAUUUUAAAGAAUGCUAAAGGAUUAGCCAUCAUUACUGUUUUGAAAGCUGGUUUCCUCUUUUCAGGAAGAGCAGGCUCGGGUGUUAUAGUUGCACGUUUACCCGACGGAUCUUGGUCGCCUCCAUCGGCAAUUGUCACUGCCGGUGCUGGUGCUGGUGGAAUGAUCGGUGCUGAGUUAACUGACUUUGUGUUUGUUUUAAAUACAAAAGCCGCAGUUGAUACUUUUGCUCAAUUGGGAUCAGUUACCUUGGGUACCAAUGUCUCGGUGGCAGCCGGUCCUCUUGGUAGAAGCGCAGAAGCUGCGGGUACGGCAUCCUUGGGUUCAGUUUCUGCAGUCUUCGCGUAUUCCAAAACUAAAGGGUUGUAUGCUGGGAUCUCAUUGGAAGGUUCAGUAUUGAUGGAGAGAAGAGAAGCUAAUAGAAAAUUUUAUGGAAAUAAUUGUAAGGCAAGAAACAUUUUAGCAGGACAGGUUGAUGUACCACCUGCUUGUGAUUCACUUAUGAGAGUGUUGAACUCGAGAGUGUUCAACAAUAGAAUGGAUUAUGACGAAGAAGAUUUUUACGAUGACGACUAUUACGAUGAUAUUCCUGAUGAGUUUUCCGAUACAACUUCUGAAUAUUCGGAUCGUCGUCGCGGAAGUGCAAGUGGUGGAGGAGUACGAGGCGGUAGUGGAAGAAGAAGGAGAAGAAAUUCAGAUGACUAUUCAGAUGACGAUUAUUACUCAGAAGAUGAUGAUUACUAUGGUGGCCGUGGAAGUGGUGGAAGAGGACCACGAAGAGAUAGAGGGUACGAUGACUAUGACCACGGAAGAAGAGAUAGGAGAUAUGAUGACUAUGAUGGUGGUAGAAGAGAACGGAGAUCACGAGCAAAUACCGGAUCUAGUUUGAGUGGCGCAGGAGGAGGGUUGUCGUCUGGUGGAAGAACACCAUCCUCCAGCAAAACCGGCUCUGCAUGGGAAGACGAUAUAUAUGAUUCUGGCUACAAUGGUAAAACAAGAUCAAGAGGUAACAGUGAUGUCGAUAGAUUGAAUGCUCGAUUGGGAAACUCAAAACUUUCACCAAAUAGGACAAGCGGAGCUGCCCCCUCCAGACCACUGGCUCUUUCCAAACCCAAUUUUGGGGGAACUCCGAAAACGAAUGCAACUCAAGCUAUUGCUUUGUAUUCAUUCAAAGGGGAACAAAGUGGGGAUUUGCCAUUCAAAAAGGGAGAUGUUAUUGAUAUCUUAAAAAAGACUGAUACCGUCGACGAUUGGUGGACGGGUAGAGCCAAUGGUUUGACCGGUAUUUUCCCGGCAAACUACGUCGAACUUGUUUAG